AGGGAUCAGCGACCGAACACAGAAUUAUACAGAGGAGAGGACACCUGUAAAUACAGAGGAACAAUCACCAAUCACGCGCUCAGUAUUCUCUAUUGAGAUGCGCCACCAAACACCGCUCGUCACGGUGCCGAUGGCUGAGAUAUCAGAUGCCGGUUGCCAACGGCGUCGUUUGAGAAACAUUUAAUAAGAUGCUUGCAAUUAUCGAGUGCCGCCUCUGUAUUUUCGAGCUGCACGAUCAUAAACCGACGCCAUCACUAUGUCGAGAUUUUUGUUCCCUCAUAAUAGUAGGAGGGUUGCACAUUAUUUUCUGCGGAAUAAGAGGCCUAGAUAUGUUGAAGCUAAUAAUAAUGGAAAAUAUUCUACUGUUGGGAUCCCGUACAACUUGUGCAGAUUAUAUCAAAGGUAUAGAAUCACUUGUGGAGGACAGUCUCCAUUUCUAUUAUACAAAGUGAAUGGGAGUUUACAGAGAAAUGGUGGUUAUAGAAGUUUCUCUGCACUUUCAAUGAGUAAUUCCCUUCAACAGCAAGCCCAUGUUGCUUGGAAGAGGCUUUCUCAAUUAUGUUCCUAUGGGGGUCAGACUUUUCCACCAAUUGGUAGGAUUGCUUGUGCAGUGAGUCUGGCUUUAACGAGAUCGAAUCUAGUAGCUCCUGGUGUUCUUGCAUUCAUAAUAGGGGAGUUUGCUCGGACUGGACAAACGUGGGCAGAAGCAGAAUAUUUGCCCAGUAGGGAUUCUCUUUACAUGCAAGCACAAGAUGGGCAGACUUGUCUGACAACUUUUUUGUUCUCGCUUAUUGAUGGUAUACUUAUUCUUCUACGAGCUAUAUAUUUAGCAAUGUUGUUUACACCAUGCAUAGCUAUGGCUCCAUUUGCAGAACCUAUAGGGGGUCAGUUUAGGAGAACUUGGCUUCAUAUUGUCCAUCAUACACUGGAAAAGGCAGGCCCCGCAUUCAUUAAAUGGGGUCAGUGGGCUGCAACAAGACCAGAUCUUUUCGCCAGAGAUCUGUGUCGUGAACUCGCAAAACUGCAUACUAGUGCACCAGCACAUGAUUUUUCCUUUACCAGAAAAUCUGUUGAGAAGGCAUUUGGUCGCAAGCUGCAUGAGAUUUUCUCAGAAUUUGAAGAGGAACCUGUGGCAUCUGGAAGUGUAGCUCAAGUUCAUCGCGCUACUUUGAAGUACAGAUAUCCAGGUCAGCAGAUAAAGCCCAUUCUAGUUGCUGUUAAGGUUCGACAUUCUGGUGUGGGUGAAGCAAUCAGAAGGGACUUUAUUAUAAUCAAUUUUGUAGCAAAAGUAUCAAAUUUCAUCCCUACAUUGAAAUGGUUGAGAUUGGAUGAAAGCAUACAGCAAUUUGCUGUCUUCAUGAUGUCUCAAGUUGAUCUUGCAAGAGAAGCUGCCCACUUGAGUCGUUUUAUUUAUAAUUUCCGUAGUUGGAAGGAUGUCUCCUUCCCAAAACCUGUAUAUCCCCUGGUGCACCCAGCUGUCUUGGUGGAAACUUAUGAGCAUGGAAAAAAUGUUAUGCACUACGUUGAUGAGCUUGAAGGCCAUGAACGGAUUAAAAGUUCCCUUGCUCGCAUUGGGAGCCAUGCACUUUUGAAGAUGCUUUUGGUAGAUAAUUUCAUUCACGCAGACAUGCAUCCAGGGAAUAUUCUUGUCCGAGAAACUAAGAACAAACCACCACAUAAACCUCUCUUUGGAUCAAGGCCUCAUGUCGUAUUCCUUGAUGUAGGCAUGACUGCUGAACUUUCUAAGAGAGAUCGAGCCAAUUUACUGGAGUUCUUUAAGGCUGUUGCCGUGCGAGAUGGUCGCUCUGCGGCAGAGUGCACACUUAGGUUAUCCGAGCAUCAAAAUUGUCCGAAUCCAAAGGCUUUCAUUGAGGAAGUAGAAAGAUCUUUCAAUUUCUGGGACACUACAGAGGGUAAUCUUGUACGCCCCUCGGAAUGCAUCCAGCAAUUGCUUGAGCAGGUUAGACGUCACAAAGUCAAUAUUGAUGGCAAUGUUUGCACUGUGAUGGUGACUACUUUGGUUCUUGAGGGUUGGCAGCAGAGGCUUGAUCCAGGCUAUGAUGUUAUGCGCACAUUGAAGACGUUGCUCUUUAAAGUUGACUGGGCAGAAUCACUAAGUUACACCAUUGAAGGACUCAUGGCCCCAUAGAAGUAGUACUAGUCAGAAGUAAUUGGAACCCUAGAUUGCUACCUCUUGAUGAAGCAAAGGAACCGGGGUUGGCCACCAAGGGAACACAAGUGAGAAGACUGACCGGAAUAUCGAGGACGGUCGAAUUGAGGUGAGAAGUUUAAGCACAACUCCAACCUGCUUCUCCUGGAGUUGCAUUCUAGUAUAUUUCUGCCAAUGACUAAAUACAGAACAUCCCAUCCUCCGACUGUAUAGCCACCAGAGCAAUCCCGACCAUAAUUUUCUCUCAUGUAGAAGAACGGGAGGCUCUCCUGUCAUUUCAUCACCAAGUUCCAAACUCCAGAUUCCUUGAUCUCCCAAACAAUUAAUCUCCCCGGACAAUCAGCUUCUUCCACCAACAAUUAAUUUUC